AUGUCAUUGAGUAUUCUUCACGUUGCAGAUUUGGCAAGUAAAUUGGGUGCAUGGAGUGAUGAGCCGAAGCUACAACAAAUAUUUCAAGCUGCUUAUGACCGUGAUUUGAACCUAUUUUUCUUUCCACAUCCAGACCCUGAUUUCGAGAUACGAAAGACAUCAAAGGAAAGUAUGAACUCAGCACGAUCGAUGAUUGCUUUGGCGACCAUAAUCUUGGCUCAGAUUGGGCUUACACUAAGUGAUGGUGGAUUUGCUUGUCCCACAAAUUUCGCUUAUGGUGAAUGCCAGUCGACUAGUUUUGCCACGGCUGAUGCAGAACCGCAGCUUGCUCCAGCCUCCCAACCGAACCCCAGCAAGCGCCGUUUUGUUUGUCCAGCACUUACAACCGAAACAUGGUGUUGCAUCAAGUUUGAAACUCUUUCUGGGGAUAAGGUGUACGAGUAUACCAGGAAGGCGUGCAAGACGACUUAG